AUGCCGGCAAUCUCGGCUUCGACCUCGGGUUUGCCUCAGCAGUCCGUGAAGGCUGUUCCAGGAAAGAUUCACCCCGCACCUUGGAGAGAUCAUGUCCAAAAUCCGGCCUCAGGAUCCCAUUUCCCCUCGAGGCCUUCUCAGCACUCGUACCAAUCUUCUGCCCCUACCGAACCUCCCCCGAUACCACCGAGGAAUGUGUUUCCUCCGCCUUCACCCACAGGCUCGGCACCUCCUCGACCCACUUUGACACUGUACCCACAAGCGAUCCCGCUCGAUCCUAAAGCGACCUUGCCUUCACCACCUAGAGGCUCCGAUCCAUUUCGUCAGACCGUGCCGCCCUCUCCUCAACUACCUGCUGGCCUUCCCGAUCGAGGGGGAGCCGGAGCCGAGAUUGGGCUGGGUCGACCUGGGUCGAUGCAACCUUUCCGUCCGGCUGAUCAUGAGCACAGUAGGAAUAUCACACCUCAGCUUCCGGGUGCAUUUCCUAAAAGUGCUGGGAUCGAGGCUACGACUUUACCUCCAGCUUCAGCGGGCAUCAACCCCAAGCGACUGCCCAACAAACCGAUCGAGGCGCCGACCCAGAAGAUUGUCUCGCCUACUUCGAAUCCGGGAAGGGAGAACGUGACCCCGACCAAGACACCUUCAUCAGCUCAGCGGCGUUCAGGCAUUUCCAAGGCUCAUACUCCUACGUCUACUUCGUCCAGCAAACCUCGGGUCCAAUGCAGUGGGACAACGACUUCGAACAAGCGCUGCACGCGCAUGGUCGAAUCCACCUCAGGCGACCUCUCCUCCCCUGGUCCCUUGCACGGCCUCCAUCUCGCUUCCUAUUGCCACCAACAUCUCAAAACGUCCCUUUCAGAACCGGGGUGUUUUGUUUUGUCGAAUACGAGGGGCGGGGAACAUUGGGUCGAGUAUGCGGAUUGGAUUUUGAGUGAUUUGGACGAGAGGACCAAAGUGUUAUUGAGGAGUGAGAUGUCGAAUGCGGUUUCGGGGAUGGAUUCGGAGGGGUACGUGGUGGAUUUUACAUGAUCGUACGAUCGUGCGCUCACUAACGAUCUUGACUUUGUGAUCCCUUUUCGGAGCGAACAGCUACCUCUACGUCCAUGAAUUCCCCCCGACGUCCAGCACCACGUCCACGACCUACCUCAAGAUCGGUCGCUCCGUCAAACCGCUCUCGCGUCUCUCGCAAUGGAAGAACCAAUGCCCUUCUCGAAGACCGAUCGUAAGGGACGUAUUGCCCCGAGCGAACUCUACAUCGAGGCCCGUCGGAGCGACGAUGCAUUUCGCCGAACGAGGGGCGCCAAACCAUCAUCGGUGGGAAAGGUUGGUUCUGAUCGAAGUGGCGGGAAGGGCAAAGAUGAUGGCCUUGUGCUCGGAUCAAGGCAAGAAAGAAGGACGCACCACGGGUUCUUCGCCAUGUGGGGAUUGUGGUCAAAGGCAUAUCGAGAUGUUUGAAGUCGGGAAGGGGGCGUAUGAUUUAUGGGUCAGGGAUGUGCUCGAGAGGUGGGAGAGGUGGUGUAGGGAUGUGAUCGGGUGA